UACAGUGUCCUGAUCCUGAUGGGGUGGUUCAAUGAUCGUUUAGUAACGUCUGGCAAUAUGGCGAACCUCACGGACGCGACUUCACUGCAGCAGUUUGAGGCAUUGUUAAAAAACAACAGCAAGUCCCUCACCGUUGUCCAUUUCCAUGCGCCAUGGGCUCCGCAGUGUUCACAGAUGAACGAUGUGAUGGCAGAAUUAGCCAAAGAGCACAAACACACCAUGUUUGUGAAGCUGGAGGCAGAGGCAGUCCCGGAGGUUUCUGAGAAGUAUGAGAUCGCUUCAGUUCCCACCUUCCUCUUCUUCAAGGGCGGUGAGAAGAUUGACAGGUUGGAUGGUGCGCAUGCCCCUGAGCUGACCAAUAAGGUGCAGCGGCUGGGGUCCGGUGGGGGCGGGGCUGCCAGGGCGGGGGACGUCCCUAAAGAGGAUCUCAACGCGAGACUGAAGAGGCUGAUCAACGCCGCACCCUGCAUGCUCUUCAUGAAGGGAUCGCCCCAGGAGCCUCGCUGUGGUUUUAGUCGUCAAAUAGUUCAGAUUUUGAAGGACCACAAUGUACAGUACAGCACUUUUGACAUUCUCUCGGAUGAGGAGGUCAGACAGGGACUCAAGACCUACUCCAACUGGCCCACUUAUCCACAAGUCUACGUCAAUGGAGAACUCAUUGGAGGACUGGACAUCAUAAAGGAGCUGGUUGAAUCGGGAGAACUUGAGAAUACAUUCCCCAAGACCGUCUCACUGGAAAACAGGCUGAAAUCUCUAAUCAAUAAAUCCCCCGUCAUGCUCUUCAUGAAAGGCAAUAAAGAGGCUGCCAAAUGUGGAUUCAGCCGUCAGAUCCUUGAAAUAAUGAACAGCGCGGGAGUUGAGUAUGAAACGUUUGACAUAUUGGGAGAUGAAGAGGUUAGACAAGGACUCAAGACGUACUCCAACUGGCCGACGUACCCCCAAGUGUAUGUUAAAGGGGAACUAAUCGGAGGCCUGGACAUAGUCAAGGAGCUGAAAGAGAAUGGUGAGCUGGCAUCUGUGCUGAAAGGAGAAAACUAAACUACUCCAGCACUGAAGAACAUGUGGAUCGCAUUGCUGAGAUGCCUGCAACCUACUCACUUAACCUCAGGAACAGAGUACUCGAAUUAGACUGAUUCCAUCCAAUUUAGCAUUUUAUUAGAAAAUUAUUAAAUUUCAAAAACAUUGUUGAACCUCUGAAAAUCCAAUAAAGCCAAUUCUGAACAAGA